AUGCCUGGAGACAAAGAUGACGAGAUCUGUCAAAAGGCACUUGAACUCCUCUCAGAUCUUUGCUCGAAGGGGGAAGUGCAUAACGAACACUGCCUGGAUUUUAUCUACUAUUUCCGAGACCUUGCCAGGCCACGCUAUACGGAUUCAGAUAUAUCGGUGAGUCUGUUGUCACUGGUAGUGACUGCCUGUGGCUUGGCCCUGUUUGGGGUCUCCCUGUUUGUCUCCUGGAAGCUCUGCUGGAUACCAUGGAGGGAGCGUGUGCUCUCCCCCACCACCAAGGACGCCCAUGGGCACCUCAACCCUAUAAUGAGCCCUCUAGAGCCCACUCCUGUGGCGUCUGUGGUGUCAGUCGAGGCUCCAGAAACUCCAGUAUCACCACCACCUGUCGUCAUGGCCACACCAGAGGCAGCUAUGAAAAUCAGUCACACAUCUCCAGACAUCCCUCUGGAUGCCCAGACUAAAAGCCGGGAAAAUGGAGUUCUCACCAACCCUCGUAUGCAGAGACAGACCAAUGAACCUUCCUCUGCCAACAGAAAAGGGUCCAUUCGCAGGCACAUGAACCUGUCUAACCCAGACUUCAACGUGGCCCAGUUCCAAAGACAGGACUCUCUCACUGGAAUGGGGUUGGGCCUUGGUCGCCUCAAACCUGAACUCUACAAACAGCGCUCCCUUGAGGGAGAGGAAGGCAGUCGCAGAGGCGGGGGUUGUGGGCGCCUCCACUUUAUCCUCAAAUUUGACUGCGACCAGGAACAAUUAAUAGUUAAGAUCCACAAAGCAGAGCAACUCCCAGCCAAGGACUUUUCUGGCACCUCUGACCCUUAUGUUAAGAUCUACCUGCUCCCUGAUCGCCAGACCAAGCACCAGACCAAGGUGCACCGCAAGACGCUGAAUCCUGUGUUUGAUGAGGUCUUCCUGUUUCCCGUGGCAUACUCUGAGCUUCCCACACGUAAGCUGCACUUCAGUGUCUAUGACUUUGAUCGGUUUUCACGCCAUGAUAUUAUUGGCCAAGUGGUUGUGGACAACUUCCUGGAUCUGGCAGAUUUCCCCAGGGAGACAAAACUCUGCAGGGACAUCCAGUACGUCUCCUCGGAUAACGUGGAUCUCGGGGAUCUGAUGUUGUCGCUGUGUUACUUGCCCACUGCCGGCAGAUUGACCAUUACCAUGAUAAAGGCCCGCAAUCUCAAGGCCAUGGAUAUUACCGGUGCAUCUGAUCCAUAUGUGAAGGUUUCACUGAUGUUUGAUGGUCGCAGACUGAAGAAGAGGAAGACAUCGACAAAGAGGAACACUUUGAAUCCAGUCUAUAAUGAGGCCAUUGUCUUUGAUGUCCCUCCAGAGAAUAUAGAGCAGAUCAGCCUUUUGAUUGCUGUGAUGGACUAUGACCGUGUCGGCCAUAAUGAAGUCAUUGGAGUGUGUCGAGUUGGCAAUGAUGCAGACAGCCUCGGUCGAGACCACUGGAGUGAAAUGCUAACAUGUCCCCGAAAACCUGUUGCCCACUGGCAUCCAAUUGUUGAGUACCAAGGGACUACAGGUAGCCAGGGAGGGUCCUGUAACUCUCUGAAGACGCCUCCCUCUCCGUAG